AUGCAACUGCACUUGUGGGCGAAGGAUAACCGAGACGAUACAAUUAUGCCUUCACACACCGUAAAACGUCACGACGUUAGGCGUCAUGAUCUGAUUGUUGGAUACCAACAUGUCUCUGCUCCACUAUUCGCGAAAGGGGCAGCUCAAGGCAUGCUUAACCAGUCUAUGCCUAUGGUUGCAAUGUUCUUAAAGAACAAGUUUCUCGCAUGGUUUGCACUUCUAAGCACUUGGCAUAAUUUCUUGAUCUACAGCGGAAGUUCGGGCCCAGAGUACGGCGACGGGGAUGUACACCCUUUAUUCAAGGUUGGAAUGGCAUUCGUGUCGCUAAUAGUGUGUUACAUGAACAUUGCCUUCCCGCAAUUUAUGACACCACCACCCGCCAAAAAGAACUGA